GGACACAUGGAAGAAUAAGCAGUGUUUAAUUGUGAAUGUCUGGAUACAGGAGUGUGUUUUGGUUAAUACUUUUCAAAGUAGUUGAACGCUUAUUAGCAGCGAACUAGCUUAAAGGCUAGCGCAGUGUAGGCUUUGAGUUCCCCACCCACGCCUCAUUCCUAUUGGCCGGCAAUUGCUGGAGUCAUGUGUCGUCACCGCGUUUGAGGCCUUUGAAUGGCUGUAUAAUCUGUCAUUCAUCUUUUCACCACUUGUUGCUAGGGAGAUUGUUUGAUGCUAGCCACGGCGGAAGUACAGGUAGCUGUCACUUUUUGGGGGGUAAACAGAGAUGCAAGUUAACUAGCUAACGUGGCGACAGCUUAUAAUUUCUACUUUAUGUCACGUUACAAGGUGAUUAAACAUGUGUAAUAGCAGUAGCCGGGUCUCAAAACACAAGGUGGCUAACACGGCUAACACAGGACGAAGAUAGGCGAAAUAGAGGAGGGAGGGACCCUGUCUGCCUCCUAACGUUGUCGUUAGCCAGCCCAGCGAGCUUUCUCGACUUGCGUUCACCUUCAGCUGCACCCUCAAGAAGUAGUUGUACGUCAAGGGUUAGGGUGAUGCCUAAAAAGCUUGUCUUUGUAUUUCCAAGAACAAAAAAAAGGCAUUACGCGGUGCGAGCAGACAUGUCUAGUCUUGGGAGGAUGGAGGAGUGGUUGCAGUGUUGCUACUAGCAAGUCCUUUUUUCUUUUCGUUAACAUGUGCUUAAUGAAUGGGAAGAUGAGAACCGCAUGAAGAACAAAGCUUUGACCACAGACUGGACUCUCUCAGAGUGGAAACCCCCAUCUUGGAUCUUGGACGCCUUCUAAACAUCCAGACCCCACUCCCCCUCACUGUCUUUAACCACUUUUUAUGUUCAUGUAUUCGUCUCCGUUUUUAAGUGCAAGUACAGAAGUAUCGAUCCCAGGUAGUUGACCCCCGCUUUUGUUUUUAUUUUUUACUUUCACCUUUUGUUCCUUUGUAAAGAAAUGCUUUACCUGAAAAAGUACUUCACAGAGGGCCUGAUUCAGUUCACCAUCCUUCUGAGUCUCAUUGGGGUGCGGGUGGACCUUGACACCUAUCUAAACAAUCAGCUGCCCCCUCUGAGAGAGAUCAUCCUGGGCCCUAGCUCAGCCUACACCCAGACACAGUUUCACAACCUGCGCAACACGCUGGACGGCUAUGGCAUCCAUCCAAAGAGUGUGGACCUCGACCAUUUCUUCACCACUCGACGGCUGCUGAACCAGGUGCGCCAGCUGGAUCGCUUCUCUGUGCCCAGUACCGAGCUCAACACCUGGCUAGUUCAUCGUGACUCUGAGACUGUGGUGUCUGCCAGCAGCCAGUCCAGCCCCAGCAUCACCCUGGACAAUGGGGCCGGCUUAGAGGACAUUAACAACCCUGACGCUACCCCGGCCAUGAGGGGAGGAAGUGGAGCACCUGAAUCCACGUACAACCUGAACGCAGCAGACAGCAGCCUGGGAGCUGUUGCCCCAGAGGGCAACCAGGAGCAGGGCAGCAGGGAUGGCAAUGAUGACCUCACCAAAGAGGACAUUGACUUGAUUGACAUCCUAUGGCGACAGGACAUCGACCUUGGUGCAGGACGAGAAGUGUUCAACUACAGCAACCGUCAGAAGGAGAGCGAGGAGGAGGAGAAGCCCAGCCCACAUGAGAACAAAGACGGGAAUGAGGAACAAGAGAGCUGGAGAAAUGGAGUAAACGUACAAGGAGCUCAGCCGGUCGACGGGGAGACAGGAGAGAGUAUUCCAGAGCAGCUCCCAGGUAUUGGCUCACAGACUUCACUGUCUUUACAAGAAUGCUUGAGGCUGUUGGAGGCCACGUUCCCUUUUGGAGAAGAAUCAGAGUUUCCAGCCCCAGUUGUCCCCCCGGAAAUAGUUUCCAAUGAAGAAGCUCCUUCUACAUCUCAGGGCCUUCCUCUGGCACCACAGCUGCCCCCAGCAGAGCCACAGUUGGACCUGGAGCAGCAGUGGCAAGACAUCAUGGCCAUCAUGGAGCUACAAGCAAUGGAAGUGAACACUUCGCUCAACACCAACUCCAGCAGUGUCAAUGGCACAAGUGGGACAACUGAGUCAAGCCCUGUGGGGAGCUUCGAACUUUCUACUCCUUCAACACCAGUUAACCAGGAUGUCAGCCUUCACCAGGCCUCCCUCCCCAGCUGCAGCCAAGACUUUACACAGAUUUUCAAUCCCCAGUUGGACUCUAUUACCAUCACCCCAAGAACCACCAUGCCCAGACUUUCUUCCAGCAACUCCAGCAACAUAAACUCCACGUUUGGAGCCACUAACCUGACCGGGAUCUUUCUCCCACCACACAUUAAUAGUUCUAGUAACAACAUUACAUCCACACCUAUCCUGCCCGAUCCAUUCAGCACUCUGCUGGAAGAGUCCAUGCUCGAUGAGAUCAGCUUGCUGGACCUUGCCAUGGAGGAGGGCUUCAGCCAGGCCCAAGCGUCGCAGUUGGAGGAUGAGCUUGACUCAGAUUCCGGUCUUUCCUUGGACUCCAGCCACAGCCCGGCCUCCCCAAGCAGCUCUGAGACAUCCUGCUCUUCUGCAGCAUCUUCCUCUUCAACGUCUGCUACCUUCUCAGAGGAGGGAGCUGUGGGCUACAGCACCGACUCUGAAGUUGCCACUGUGGAGACAGAGGAAGGUGCUGUCGGGGGUUAUCAGCCGGAAUACAGUAAGCUCUGCCGUAUGAGCUAUCAAGACCCCUCCCAGUUUCACGGGCUCCCUCAGCUCGACAGCAUCAGCCACAAUCAUACGUACAACCUGCCGUUAUCAUCUGCGUUCUCUGAGCACCCAGAGCUCCCCAUUUCAACUGGGAAGAAGACUGUCCGCGACAAACAGCACUCAAAGCUUCAGCCUCAUCAGGACUUGCUCGAUAAACACGCAAGCCGUGAUGAACGCCGAGCCCGGGCCAUGAAAAUUCCCUUCUCCAACGAAAAGAUCAUCAACCUGCCUGUGGAAGAAUUCAACGAGCUUCUAGCCAAGCACCACCUGAGUGAAGCCCAGCUAGCCCUCAUCCGCGACAUCCGCAGGCGCGGCAAGAACAAGAUGGCUGCCCAGAACUGCCGCAAACGCAAGCUGGACACUAUCAUAAAUCUGGAGCAGGGUGUCCAAGACCUGAGGCGCAACAAGGCCCGUCUGCUGAAGGAGAAGAUGGAGUUCAUUCGUUCCAUCCGGCAGAUGAAGCAGAAGAUGCAAAGUCUGUACCAAGAGGUGUUCACUCAGUUACGGGAUGAGGAGGGCCGGCCCUAUCCUCCCAACGAGUACUCGCUCCAGUACAGCGCAGAUGGCAGCGUGCUGAUCAUGCCCCGCGGCGUGACAACUGCUGAGCAGAACCGAAAGCCCGAGAAAAAACAAAAAGACAAAAAGAAGUGAGGGGGGGCAAACUGCCGUUUAUGCUAUAACUUUGCUAAAUCAAUAAGAAAGAUUUCUGCAGAUGCAAGAGAGAUGUCCUUUUUUUCCUUUAAGAAGAUUCUGGUGAGUAGAAAUAUGGCAUUGUUGACUACUCUCGCAUUAGUUUCUCUCUUUUCAUUCUGUUCCUACGUUAUUUUUCCUGGAAACAACUUUGAAGCAGAAGUAGCUCUUUGUUUGAGUACUGAUAUUUCAUUAUUUAGAAGGGGGAAAACAAUAAGCAAGGAGACGAGGGAUUAAAGAGGACAUUAAAGGAGCUAUUAGAAAAAUGUUAGCCGCUCUUGACCCUUUUGCACCAAACCACUGAGGAUGGAGAAGAUUUGUAGGGUAAAACAAGGGACUGGUCUGGAGAAAAGUGGGAGUAAAAGAACAUUGUUAACAAGAAUGGUUGGAAUACCUAUGCACGGAAGGUUUUAAAGGACUAUCAGAUCACAUCCCACCCUGGAGACUUUUAGUGAUUUUCAUAGUCAACGUUUAAGUUUCAAAUGUUCAGGCAAAGAACAGCACCUAUGGUUGUGAGAGUUUAGAUACCAAAGGCUACAGGAAGUCCGUCUUUUUAGGAUGCCAUUAACACCUAUACUAACCAAAGGUUGUAUGGUGCACAUCACUUGAUCUGAACACAUCUUAAAUGCUCAAACGCUGCACUCAAAUUCCAGUUUUUGAGUCAGUUGCAUCUAAGUUUAGAAGGCCCUGAAGAGAUUGGGUUUGAUGUGUGGAUAGAGUAUGUUGAGACAAGAAACAGUCGGAGGCGGGAGGCAGAGUGUUCCCGGGUUGGCCACUGCUAAAAAAGAGGCCUGGAGUUGAAGUCCUGCGAGAGAAGCUGAUGGAUGUUUAAUGGAGGAGGCACACUGCAUUGCUAAAUGUAUCAACUUCCUUAUUAAUUAUACAUAGCACUGUAAUUUGUCUUUUAAAAGGCUUGGCUAUAUGCAUUUUGCCGUGUGUGUCGCUAUUCCUUCGCUGCAGGUUUAAAUACAAGAGCUGCGUUUAGGAAGGCUCUUAUUAACUGUUCAUAAUCUGUAGUAUAAGCAAGGUUAUAGGUCUAGCCACAUCAGCUAUAUGUAAAAGUCUACACCCUCUUUGUUGAUUUGAGCCUGUAAUCAUAAGAGGAAUUUAAGAUAUUGUGAUAGGCCAGGAACUCCAGAGUGUACUGUAUGAUUACCAUCAACUCCAGGCUAUCACAGUUUAAUGUUAUGGAUUAUUUGUUGGGGUUUUUUUUGUUUCUUCUUGGAUGCCAUUCAUUCUAAACAGGCUCGAUUGUCGCUGUGGUGUAGCGAUAUCCCUUUUUAUUUAACUCAUUUGCCAACGUUACCCAACUGAAAGCCACUGGAGGCAAUUUUUUAACUGCUGUAAAGCCAAGGGGUUGGUUUAAAUAUUGAGUUCCUAUGUUUUGAAGUUUUUGUGUUGAUAAAAAAGUGAGCCGAGUUGUUAAAUGAGAUAAAAGUUAUUUGAAUGCGUGAAAUGACUGUGUGUGUUGUGGCCACUUUGAUUCGAAUGCCUUUAUUUCACAAUCUCAUCUUUUAAAUGUUUUGAGAACUGAAGAAAAAUGUUCUCAAAGUAGAAGUGCUAUUACUUGUCUAUUUGAAUGAAGUUUGUCAGUAAGUCACGUCACGUCGCCCUCUUGUUGCAGCCGACAUAGCGGUUAGGGUAGAGUAUUUUACAAGAGGCUGAACAGAACUCGCAACAUUAAGAUGAUGUCCAAAAAAAGGAGAAAUGUUUCAUUAAAUGUGAUAUUCAGGCAUGAAACUCUGGUUAACAUUCACUUUAGUGUAACCCAGUGCGACACCAACUAUUUAGUACUGCAACUACUUAGUGCACUUUUUUUGUCUGUCUCGUUAUGUAAAUAUUUUCAUGUUUGUGUUUGUCAUGAUUUAUGUAGUUUGUCAAAUGUCUCCAUAACAGUCUCACCAUCUGCUUUCAGUUUGGAUGUAGUUCCCUCUGUUUUGAGAUAUUUGCUGGCAAUCAAGAAUUGUUUUUAUUGAUUAAUAAAGUGUUUUUAUUUUCACCCGGGACUCUUUUGUGUUCUAGUUGUCAUGAAUGGUAUAUGUUAUACUGUGCAACACGGGGCUUGGUCCGGAAAGCAGGUUUCUUAAGUUAUCUAGAAAAGUUUGGGGUUUUACAUCAGUCCAUGUCUCAGAUUUUGGGGAGGUGACUUGGGGAACUUGCAGUUAUCCCGACAACUCAAAAAUCCUGCUUCUUGGAACGAGCCCCAGGACCAUGAACAACUGGGUGAAAGAGCUGCAACGAUUAAUCAGUUAGUAGAUGGACAGAAAAUUAGUCAUUUUGAUAAACGAUCAUUCAGUUCUCAAUUAAGAAAUACCAAACGUUUGAUGGUUUUGGGCUUACUUUAGGAGUACAUUGCAUAUUUUUAGGUUAAGACAUUUGGUGACACCACCUUUGACUCUACGCUAUUGAAGUAUAUUCCACUGUUUUCUGAUGUUUACAAAUGAUUCAUCAGUUAAUGGAGAAAAUAAUCGUCAGUUGCAGCCCUGCUAGGUAAUAAACACCAGCUUGAAACAACACAGUAACAAAAAGUGAUUUAUUCUCCAAAACCGACAAGCAAGACAUGUUCAUGAAAAACACUACAAAGAUUUCCAAUGACCAAAUGAAUCACCGAAAAGGGUCCAUAAUGAUACACCAAAGGGGUCCUAAGGAAACAGCUAAGAUGAACACAGUUUUGCCCUCAGAAGCACCGAUGCGUUUAUAAAAAAAUGGCACACUAAUGAAAUAAAAACAUCACCUCACCAAUACAACGCCAUAGCAAGAUGACUGAACACUGGACCAAAUGCUAUGUGAAAAAGUUACUGAAGUAGCCGAGCAGUUUUCUUAAAACUGGAGUGGAUACUCAGUGAACACUGCGUUGUACAUUUCAUUUGGAUUUUGUCAAGCAAACCUGAAGCAUAUUUACAGUUAGGUUCUAUCCAGAUAAAAGCAGAAUCAAAUGAGUGAUACUACACCAAAAGACGAAUGAGUCCAAUGAUGUCUUGCUUGUCUCUGAUCCCCUCCCUCCCCGAAUCCUGCCGAAAGUACAAUGAAGUUCAAAACUACAGUUUCUUUUUUGCCCCUGCCCCUUCGCCCUGUGUUAGUUUUUGUCGUCUUUUUUCUCGUCUUCGGUGGGAUACGAGUGCCAAGUAAGUCUCUCUUCGUAGAAAGAGAUGACCACCUGCGGACACUUCACAUUGGCCUCCUUCGCCGGCACCAGGUCCGCUUCGUCAGAAUUUUUCCUAUACAAACAGAAAAAUAAUUUUAAUAACAUGCAUUUUUGCACACGGGUAAAUAAUGUAAUGCCAUGUUUUAAUUCCCCAACAUCUGAGGCAGUUAUUUAAUCACUGAUGUACCAGUAUAAACAGAUGGCCAGCAGUUAUUGUGCUACACACUGCAUACAAACCAUUUCAUGAGAAACAUGAGUUCUCCUGUGGAAUCUGUGGCACCAAUAAUCCUUUCUGGAUCCAGCCCUCGAGCAAAGCCCCUUAGCUUCUCUGUCUGAUGAUCAAAUGACAAAACACAAAAGUACAAUUUUAGCAUGAAUACGUAACACAUAACAAAACAACGUUGAGUAUGUCAUCCGAAUUUAAAGUUCUCAUGGUUGCGUGUGUGGCCGUAGAAAUCUGAAAUCUAAAUUCUGAUCAGCACAAAAGGAAUGCGGGUAAACGAUCUUGCCUACGUGCUCAGUGUCACUUCUACAUAUUUGUAGGGCUGCAACUAAGAUUUAUUUUCAUCACCAGUUAAUUUACUGAUUAUGUUCUCUCUUAGUGGUUUAAUCAAUACAAUGUCAGAUAAUAGUUAAAAAUGUCUGUUCUAAUUUCCCACCGCCCCAAGCUGAUGUCUAGAAAUGUCUCCCUUUGUCCGACCAACAGUCCAAAACCAAAAGAUAUUCAGUUUACUCUCAUGUAUGACAGAAGCAUCAAAUCCUCAUAUAAGUAUUAUUCAAAAUAGUUGCAAAUGAACAUUUCUGUCAAUCAACUAAUCCAUUAAUUGAGUCAUCUUUUCAGUUCUGCAUGUAUUUCAUUCAUUUUCAUUCACACAAUAUUUUAAAGUAAAUGUUGUUGUCUUGUGUCGGCAACUUUUAAGAAAUUGUAGUGUCACAUCUGUAUUUCAACGAGUUGUGGAUAAUUCAAGCGCCGCAGGCAGACUCUCUAGAAGUCUGCAGGAAGUCCACAUGAGCCCUCCUGUAAGGACUUUAUGAACGGUGGAUUUGAAGUCCGAACAUUUGGGAUUCAGCCUGAGAGCUGCCUGUUGGUGGAUAUUCGACUCCACAGAGGGUAUCCUGCAUGUGCAGGAGGGAGCCUGUAACGGGUUGUUACAAGUGGACACUUGAAUUUCCGUAUUGUCUGGAAACCAGCACCCUGCCUUACCGUGAGCAACUGUCAUCAGAGCCUGUGAUGUGGUUUUCCGUGACAAAAAGGUGCUUACCUUGAUGAGGUUUAAGGUUUGCCUGAACUACAAUAAACACCUGCCACCUGCAACUCUUCAUCUAA